AAAAAUCUGUUUUUAUCUCAUAAUUAUAAACGAUAAAGGACAUCGGUAUGUAAUCAAAAUUUAGUAUUAGAGGUGAUUUGUGCUAAAAUGGAAACUGCUAUUAAAUUACUAAUACUAGGAAUAUCCACCGUCGUUGCAUACGAUAUUGCACAAUCGGUAAGAAGUUUUGGGUACACCUUUGAUAAGUUUAAAGUAACCACUGAAGAUGGUUACAUAUUGGAAAUCCAUCGCAUUAGCGAAAGUCCAAAUGGAAUUAUGACUGACAAGAGACCUCCUGUAUUAGUCAUGCAUGGUCUUCUAGGUUGCUCAGCUGAUUUUAUUCACAUUGGUCCUGGAAAAUCGUUACCGUUAAGAUUAGCUGAUGAAGGGUAUGAUGUGUGGCUUGGAAACAACAGGGGAAAUACUUACUCUCAAAAACACAGCUCAACUACAAUCAAAAAUGCGUCUUUUUGGGACUUUAGCUUCCAUGAAAUUGGUUUAAAAGAUACACCAGCAGUCAUUGAUUUCAUUUUAGACAAAACAGGAGAGGAUACCUUAUCUUACGUUGCUCACUCUACGGGAGUGGCCCAACUUUUAAUUACUACAGUUAUGAAACCAGAAUAUCAAAAGAAGGUUAAGAUCGUAGCUGCACUAGCUCCAGUAGUUUACCUUGACCACGCGCCUAGUUUACUCCUGCAAAUUGUAAAUAAAGAUAAUUAUGCAGUAAUUUUGGCUGCAGAAGAAGCUGUAAAAGCAACAGUUAUUUUAGACCACAACUCUUUAAUAUGGGAUGUUGGCUUGGGAUUAAUAUGUGGUAACGGUAUGAAAUUUCAGGAAUUGUGUGCUGAUUUAUUAUUUAUACUCACUGGAUUCGAUACUGAUGAAUUGGAUAGGUCUGAUAUUACAAAAUUCUUCUCAUCAUUUCCUGCUGGUAUAUCUGUUAAGGAACUAAAUCAUAUCUUACAAUGGAAAUUGAACGGAUUAUUCAGCCAAUAUGAUUAUGGAAUGAUCAAAAAUGAACAAAUAUACAACAGCAUAAAACCACCUAUUUACGAUUUAAGUAAUAUGACUGUACCAGUAGCCUUAUUUUAUGGCAAAAAUGAUCUUAUAUCAACGUAUGCGGAUAUACAACAUCUCGCAAGUGACUUACCCAAAAUAGUCGAAAGUCAUGUGAUUGAAUAUGAUCGUUUUAAUCACAUUGAUUUCUUAUUAGCCAAAGAUGUCGACAGUCUACUUAAUUUUCAUGUCAUAAAUACACUAAAUGUAUACAACGAUAAGGAUAAUAUUACAAAACAAACAACAGAUUCAGCAACAUCAACAACUCAAAUUCCUCCAACAACACAAGCAUCAUCAUCUAACAUUGUGCCAGUUGGUUUUGCAGUUUUAGGAAUUGUUUCCUUGUGUAUUAAAACAAUACUAUAAUAAAUAAUAUGUUUUUGUUUAUUUAUUUCAACUUAUUUUUCUUGUGUAUAGAGCACUGAGUAAAUUUAAAAGCCUAAAUAAAAAACAUGAUAAUAAAUGGUACUGAUUACAAAUUUAUAUAAUAAUGUAAAAUAACACGCAAUAAAAUAUUAUAAAUUAA